GCAAAGCAGUGAAGUAAAACUGGAGAAAAAUUCUGUUAUCGAUAAGAUAUCCGGCAAUUUCACCAAAACGGCAACCCCCGGACCGAACCAUAAAUUGAGUCACUUCCUCUCUCUCUCUUUCUUUUCUUUUCUUUUCUUUCCUCUACACUCAAUUGCCAUUGCCUCAAUUAACACUCACAGAGUAACCGGCAACAUGGGCUCCAUCACCCCCAACCUCGACGCCUCCACCAUCAACUUCACCCCCAGCACGCACCUCCGCCCCGUCCCAGCAAUCGGCUCCCCAGAGGAAAAAUCCCACUCCUACUGCACCGAUCACAUGGUGACAGUCCGCUGGACCGUCGAAUCCGGCUGGCAAACACCUGAAAUCCGCCCCUUCGAGAACCUGAGUAUCCCGCCCACGGCGUCGUGUCUGCACUAUGCUACCGAGUGCUUUGAGGGUAUGAAGGCGUAUCGCGGAUAUGAUGGGAAGUUACGCCUUUUCAGGCCCGAUUGUAAUGGGGAGAGACUUGCGAAUAGUGCGGUUAGGACUUCGUUGCCGGGGUUUGCGCCGGGGGAGGUGAAGAAGUUGGUGGGGAGGUUGUUGCAGAUUGAUGGGCCGCGCUGGCUCCCCAAAGACCAACUCGGUCGCUAUCUCUACAUCCGCCCCACGGUCAUUGGCAAUGGCACGCAGCUCGGCGUCCAAGCCCCCAAAGAAGCCCUCCUCUUCAUCAUCGCCGUUCCCUGGCCCGACAUGUCCUCCAAUCCCUCUGGCCUGAAACUCCUCGCCUCCACACCGGACACAAUCCGCGCCUGGCCCGGCGGUUUCGGGUACGCGAAGCUAGGCGCGAACUACGGGCCUAGUCUUGCGGCGCAUGGCGUCGCGACGGGGCAGGGGUUUGAUCAGGUGCUUUGGUUGUUUGGGGAGGAGAGGCAGGUUACGGAGGCGGGGGCUAGUAAUUUUUUCAUUGUGUGGGAGAACAAGCAGGGGGGGAGGGAGUUGGUCACGGCGUCGUUGGAGAGUCAGGUGAUUUUGCCGGGUGUUACGAGACGGAGUGUGCUUGAGCUUGCGAGGGAGCGGUUGUCUUCGCCUUCGGCGACGGGGCUACCUCCUGUUGAUGUUGUCGAGAGACCAUUUACUAUUGGCGAGGUCGAAGAAGCCUGGAAAGAGGGCAGAAUCAUCGAGGCUUUUGUGUCUGGGACUGCCUACUUCAUCGCCCCCGUGCAAAUCAUCCGCAACGGCGACGUCGACAUGAACAUGCUCGAGGCCGGUGUCGAGCGCGCCGGAUACGCCGCGCAGAUCAAGUUGUGGCUGGGGGCUAUUAUGUAUGGCAAGGAGGAGCAUGAGUGGGGGUAUGUUAUUGAGAAUGAGGAUGGGAAGUAACCGAUCCGAAGACGUAGGUACGUAUACCGGUAGUGUACUCUGUACAUAUCAUGUCAUCUGUUUAUAGAGGGAUGGAUACGAUACCAUGGGUUUAUGGCUGGAAACUGUAAAUAUCAAAUGUGUUCUUGUAAUGAUUUUUAUUUAGAAAGAUUUGAGGUGCUUGGAUGCUCUUGCUAAAUACUAUUUCGGA